AUGACGACGCUUGAGUAUAGUGAGUGGCGAAGCAAGAGAGUUAAUGAUAAUAUUCCGGAGUCAAACUCAGAGGGUGUUCGACCAACAAAAGAGUACUUACAAGUGAUCCCAUCGGAGUUGGAAAUUAUAAAGCAAGAUUUCGAAAAAAAGAAUUUAGAGCUUGAAAAGAAGAUAGAACAGUUGGAAGAGGAAAAUAUGCAUUUAAGGUUAGAUGCUGAUGUUCAAAAAUUAGAGGCUGAAAAAUUAAGAAAGGGGAAGAAUAAAGCAGAGGAUGACCUAGAUAGUCUAAAGACGGAUUACAAGAAGUUACGACUAUCGAGGAGAACUGCUGGGCUAGGAAAGACUGCGGAGCAGUGGCGACAGGAGAUCUAG